UGGCAGAACGCAUUGUUUCUCUUUGUCAUUGCACUUGCGACUUUAUAUAGAUUAAUUGCUCACCUGGGGCUUACAACAGUUUUUAUCAUCCCAAGCAGCUCAGUCGUUUGUUUGUUAGUUUUCUUUUUUGCUUUGAUUUCAGUUUGAUGUGGUAUUAACGUGCCUAAGAGCUGGACAAUUACUAUCAGCCCUCCACCAACCGUUUUGUAGAAGUUUUAACAAACUAUAAUUCAAUAGGUUAACAAGAGGACACUAAUACCCAGGCUACAGGUUAAGUCGACCAAAAGAAAGCAGGAAGAUAUAAUCAUGAACGCAUCCUUGGCAAAGUAUAACGCUUCGUCCAAUCUUGAACUAUACCGGACAUACAUGAGGAUGGUGGAAGUAGCUGACAUGAUCUGGAUCUACGUUCCGCCAUUGAUUUUAAUUCUCGGCACGUUCGGCAACGGAAUGUCCAUAGCCAUUCUGAGUAAAAUGAACAGAAGAGGCGAGUCGACUGUGACCACCUACCUGAUAGCUUUGGCGGUGUCCGAUCUUCUGCUUCUGUACUUCGGCCUUCUCCGACUGUGGCUGUACUUUGAGUUUGGCUUCGAUUUCAUGUCCGUAAGUAGCUUCGUGUGCAAACUGUGCAAGUGGGUGGUGUACAUGAGCGGCGCCAUGUCGGCGUGGUUCCUGGUGGCCGUGACACUGCAGCGAACCGUGUCUGUGGUGUGGCCGCACCGCAUGAACGCCGUGUGCACACCCAGGACGUCCCGCAGGCUGGUGGCCGCCAUCGCCAUGUUCCUCAUGGCCGUGCACCUGCACGUGCUGUACGGCGUGGAGGUCGUUCCACUCGAAGAGAUCGGUAACAAUUCAAGCUACUGGUGCCACAUCGAAAACAAAAAUUACCUGAAUUUCUUCUCUAAGGUCUGGUCGUGGGUCGACCUGAUGAUCUUCUCUCUCACGCCCUUUGCUAUCCUGCUCGUCUCCAACGCCAUCUUGCUUAAGACCGUUGUGAUGUCAGCAAGACGAGCCCUACAGACGUUGACAGUCCGCGAUACAAAGCAGAUUUCUGAGAGAGAAAAAAAGGCUUCGUCGAUGACCGUGACACUGAUAACCAUAUCCUUCACCUUCUUCCUCCUGACCGGUCCAUUCUGCAUCUACCUUCUCAUUAAACCUUAUAUUCUUUUAAACGAUAUAAGCGACCUACGCGAGAAAGGCAUACGAGAGGUUGUCCUGGUCUCUAUCAACAUGCUGUGGUAUUCAAACAGUGCAAUUAAUUUUUAUCUGUAUUGUUUAACCGGAAGUAGGUUUCGGCUAGAGUUCAAGAACAUUUUCACAUGCCGCAACCAUACAAAGUGAUACAAGAAUGAUUGACGCGUACAGAA